ACAGAAUCGGACAGCUGUAUAUGAUCAGCAAGCAUAGCCACGAGCAGAGCGACCGAGGAGAAGGCGUGGAGGUCGUACAGAACGAGCCCUACGAGGACCCGGUGCACGGCCCGGGACAGCUCACCGAGAAGAGAGUCUACCUGAACAGUAAGCUCCCGAGCUGGGCGCGAGCCGUGGUACCAAAAAUCUUCUACGUAACAGAAAAGGCCUGGAACUACUAUCCAUAUACGAUUACAGAAUACACAUGUUCAUUCCUUCCGAAAUUCUCCAUCCACAUAGAGACAAAAUAUGAGGACAAUAAGGGAAGUAAUGACGAUAUAUUUGUCAAUGAGCUGAAGGACCUGGAGCGCGAGGUCUGCUUCAUCGAUAUCGCGUGUGACGCUGUUCCGGAGAGAUAUUAUAAGGAAUCGGAGGACCCCAGGACCUUCAAAUCGGAGAAGACAGGCCGAGGGCUUCUCAGGGAGGGCUGGAGAGAGACACAGCAGCCCAUCAUGUGCUCGUAUAAGUUGGUUGCCGUGAAGUUUGAGGUUUGGGGUCUGCAGACGCGGGUGGAGCAGUUUGUGCACAGGGUUGUGAGGGAUGUCUUGCUGAUUGGACACCGGCAGGCCUUCGCAUGGGUCGACGAGUGGUAUGACAUGACGAUGGAUGAAGUGCGAGAGUACGAACGGACUACUCAGGAAGCCACCAACAGAAAAAUCGGGAUCUUCCCACCCGCCAUAUCAAUCACUGACAUUGCACUGCCCUCCUGUUCCCGCAGCGGGCCCUCCAGCGCACCUUCCACCCCUCUGACCACUGAUGCUCCAGAGUUUUUAACCGUCCCCAAAGACCGGCCUCGGAAGAAGUCCGCCCCGGAGACGUUAACGCUGCCAGAUCCCGCCCUGAGCGUGCAGAGCAGGUUUACCAGUAACAAGUCUUCUCACCCUAAACCCGAGUAACCGGUCAGAGCCCCUGAUUACCCCAAAGAGGGGGAGACAAGAUGUAGCCAGAGAGGAGCCUCCAGCCGUGUCCUGUGGCCUGGAUGGUCAAACCUCUGCUCCCCCCCUUCGCUUCUUCUUCGACACACAGACCGCGACAUUUCCGUCCGACUAUUUGCAUAACGUAUUCUUCUAGAAAAAAAAAAAAAGAAAAAAUUUUAGGUUUAUAAUGAUUUUGGGCCACAAUCAAUGCUGCUUGUACUUGUAGAUAUGGACAUUCAAGACUGAGAGCUUUAACCCGUCAUAAACAGGGAAUAUAUAAGUGCUGACGCGUUUCGCUCCGCCCUGAAUCUGCUUCUCCAUGAGUCAGUCGUGGAGCUGUGUGCGCAUUACGGCAUAGAGGAACCACCUGCAUGCCUUUCCAAUAAGCUACGUAAUGAACUGUGCUUUGAGGGGCCCAGGCCCUAACGUGGGGGAUAUAAAACUGAUGCAACCAGUCUUGUCUCCCUAAGGAUGGGAAGAGGGUGGUCAAAAACGUACCUGUCCGUCCUGUGAUGGAGGAGGGAUACAGGUGGGAAGACUUCCCCCACCCCCCAUUCACUAUGUACGCCCUUGCUUAUGACAUAUGUAGGCACACAUUGCUAUGGCUGCACACUUUCGAGUUCUCCCAUAGGAGACGGCAGGAAUGUUGCACUAUUGCUGCACAACUGCAUCAGCUUCCAUUUGAUCCUGGGUAGUAUAGCUGUCUCAGAUUGCGCAAAGGUUUCAAUUUACGGGCAACUCCUGCCGAGCGCAUCGCAAGUUAUAGUUUAGAUCCAGCCGUAAAAUAUAGGGACGGUCGAAUAGUAACCUGUAAUAUCCUCUUUGAUUGCCGGAUGUAUAUGUCUUUUUAUUCCUGGAGAUAGAACAGUGAAUUGUUGCUCCUCGAGGGUGGGGCUUGCACUCCUGGGGGGCGUGUGCUUGGGUGCAUGUUAGAUAUAAUUAUAUUGUAGAUUAACGGGUAAGCACAUACGCCAUGCAGAUGUAGCAUGACAACACUGUCCCGGGCUGGGGUCCGCAAGAAAACAGCAGAUAUUUGUACAUAGUCAUCCUAAUUAAUAAGCGGUUGAGUUCUUAAUUAUCGGUUGUUAUUUUUAGUAGAAAUCUUGUUGUUUUUUUUCUUUAUUACAUUAAUUGGAAUCAGAGGGCGGCGCGUCGAGAACAGGUCGUCGGUCCUAAGUAGUGGUUAUACUAUCGGGUCUCGUCGGUCCUAAGUAUUGGUGAUACUAUAAGGCGGCUGGCAACAGGUUUUUAUUUUUUUAAUAAUUUUUUUUUUUUUGUAUGUUUUCCUCUAUAUUGGAUGUUUUAUAUAGGCUCAUCGUCAGCAUGUCUCUUCUAUCAUUUGUUUUAUUGUUGCGUUUUAUUUACACGUGUCGCCGCGAGGCCGAGCAGGGAUACUGCCGUCCGCUUAUUGGGUGGUUUACUGUGUGACCCAGACGUCGUUUAGUUGGAGUAGAAAAGUUUUUGGCCAGGAAAAAAGAAUGGUCCAACCCGGUCGACCAGUUGAACGAGAGGGAUGUUGAUCCUCCGUGGUCACGCCCUUGAAACGGCAAACAAUUUUGUAAGCAAUUGGAAUAAAUAACCAUCUCAGGCAGAUUACCGAGCCGAUCCUACAAGUUACUUUGAUUUUUUGGGGGAUUUUUUUUUUAUUAUAAAUUCACCAAUGCUCAGCUAUAUUUGUGGUGUUCUUGGCCAAACGUUUUGCAAUCUCGCCGUAGACCGGCCGGUCCCAGGGCGAAUGAACCGUUGUGUAGCUCAGCCUUGUAGAAUUUGCUAGUCUCUGCAGUUUGCUGUUUUGGGGUAUUCAGCGCUCUUCAGAAGGUGUCCCACAGACUGGAAGAACAAGAUUUUUUGGAAUAUUGUACAUUUUUGUAAUAAUUGUAGAAAAAUGUCUGUGCCCUGAUGACACAUUAUUACGGAUGCACCUUGGUUUGCCUUCUACGGACUUUUUACCAGCACCUUCAGGUAGUCUCCAUCCACAACCAAAGAGUCCUGGACACUUUUCUGAGGGGUCUUUGAGGUGGAAAGCGGUGGAGGUCCUCGUUUUUAGACAGCUUCCCUUUUACUGGUGCACCAUGUCAGUAAGGUAGCUGUAAAGGCCUCAAGCAUGUCCCCAGAAGGAACAGAUUUAGCAAGUGGUUAGAAGUCUUCACCAUCUUCCCCGUGCAUAGUCAUAUUCCUGCAUGAGUUUGGUAGGAUCCAGUCGUGCAUGGACAGACUGGGAGUCACUAGACAAAUUUGGGGUCGCGGUUCGGAUGACUGUGUUUAGGGUCGGAUCGUCCUGUCUGACUGGUCGAUGAUAAUUUGCACGUAUAUAUAUAUGACGAGGCCGCAGUCGCUAUGUUCUUGGCCUGUACCGAUGCACCAGCUCAGGGAGUACAGUCCUGUGAAAAGCGGUGUGACAGUUGCCGCCGAUCCAGCGAGGCGCGUCUCCUGUUUCCUUGUAUUGUCCAUUAGCGAGUAGACGAGCGAGCGGGGCGGCUGCCGUGACACAAAGGACUCUGGGAUUAUCUUCUUUGGACAUCCUGUGACAUUUUUCAGGACCAAUAAUGAUAAAAUACUAUAAAAUGUGUCCAAAAAUACUGGAUUUUCAGAAUUUGCCACCAGUUGGUAUUUCUGAAGCGUCAUCAUGUAUGAUGUAAAGUGUAGUGACCUUCCAAUACACCUUGUCUUCCAAUGUGUCGCAAUUUUUAGGACCUUUGCUUGCUGUCGGUGAAUAGAAACCAUCUCUAAAAGCACUGAGACAGUGUCACAAAGCUCAGCUGUGUAAGCAGGACCAGGAGAGAGCCUGAAUCCCAGUACAAGAGAAAUUGUGUUUGGCUCGCAGAGGAUUGUCUAGGCCCGGACGCCAUUCUUGUCAGGAAAGGUUUUCAGCACCUGGAUGUAAACAAGGAGGUUACCAUUUAUUGACAGCAAGCAGAGAUCUUGUGAGGAAUUUAAACUUCAAGGCUGUGUUACGUUGCCGACCGUUCAGACGAAUGGAAGUCCAUGUAAUACACGAACGAUGAGCCCGCCAGAGUGGAAGCGACGGCCGCACAGGGUUGUACCUCAUGGGAUCGGGGGUCCCUAGCGCAGUCUAUACAUUUAUCGGACUGUCCGUUAAUCCGGACCCUCUGCCGGCCCGCUCCAGUAGACACACAGGAUCACUUAACUUGUCUUCCCCAUUCGCACAUUCAGGGAUAUGUAGUUCUUCCCGCUAAAUCAAAAUGGCUGCCAGCAACAAAACGGCAAGCGUAAAUGAUAUGUGAUCUACCGCUCCCGCACACAGGUGGAACGCCCCCAAUUUUAUGGCGCCAAUCUUGUGGUGUGAAAUAUAGAAAUUGAGGUAGGUGAGCCCUCAAGGCCAAUCAGAUACACCAACCUGGCAUAACUCACAGCUGACCACCUAGAGGGUGCCUCUAACACUAGACACCCUAACAUUACAGGGGGCCGUCUGGCGAGAAACACCCUUUAAAUCACUAAAGAUAUUUUUACUGAGGGGAGAAGCCAAAAUGGAGCAGUUUCCAAAGCAGCCAAUGAGAUUUCAGCUUUCAUUUUUCCAGUGCAGGUUAUGAUAUGAAAGCCGUCAUCCGAUUGGCUGCAGCUUUUUAUUCAGUUUGAUAAUUGACUCAAGGACUCUGUGUGUGUAUACAGCCAUGUUGGGGUCUGGACACAGCCAUGUGGUGUCCAGACACAGCCAUGUUAGAAGUAGCUUGUAACAUAGUCCUGUCUGCGUCUUCUACCUACGUUCUUGUCAAAGAAAAAUGUUGUCAAUAAAGGUAUUCAAAUGCCUUCCACAACUAAGGCACAUAUUAAAAGCAGUGAUGUGAUUGGUUGAGAUGGAGGUAGAAGUCUCAUAGCAACCAAUCAGAUCUCUGCUUUUACAUUCUGAACUGCACUACAGCAGGAAUGUGAUUGGUUGCUAUGGGCAAUACUCCCGCCUUCUUAGAAACCAGUCAGAAACACACAAUGACAUCAGCUGGUUGCUAUGAGCAACCGCUCCAUUUGUCUGCACUGUUAUCUCUUGUUAUGGUGCUCCGGUGUGACUUUUGUGUAUGAAGCCGCACAGGGCAGCUUGGUGGCCAUUUUAUCUGCGUAGAGAUGGAUAUUGGGAGGAGCUGGCACUGAAUGGUGGGAAUGUGAAGGCUGCCAUUUUUGGCAGCUAUAAAAGUGCUGUGGUGUAAUAUGAGGUGAAGCUGACAAUCGUUAACCCUAAGUUGGCUGUUUUUGCCGACGAGUAGCUUUAUAAUUAGGUGCCCUAAUAACUUGCCGCUAACCUUCUCCCUCCCUGCUUAGCGUGGUGGAGCUUAUUUCGGGCCCCCUGACUGUCACUUUGGGGGUUCGUUGCGUCGAUGUUGCAGCCCCUGGUUUCGGUUUGUUACGGAUACUGCUAUAGCAUAAUACAGCCACAGCGUAUGCAGCGAACAGUAUGCGUGAAAUGUCACGUGGGACCCCUUACAAGCUGUCAUUGGCCACAUACUUAAAGGGAUAUUCCGCUUAUAUAAAGCUAUCCACAGGAGAUGUCUAUUAGCUCAUUUAGGGUCCUAUUGCUGGAUCACAAGAAUGGGGGCCUCGCUCCAUUCAAUUCGGAGGGUUCCCCAAAAUUUCAGUUUACGGGGCCCCUGUUCUUGUGAUUGGUGGAGGUCCCAGCAGUACAACCCCCACCGAUCUGAUAUCCUGUGGAUAUGGGAUAACUUUAUAUCACUGAAACAUCCCUUUAAUCUGCGGUUACAGAUGUGGUUGUAUUCGAAGAGAUCCAUGGAAACUUCAAACUGUCUACGCUACCGCCAGUGAAAAUGGCGCAGUGGCUGCUUGAGCUGGAGGACCGCCUGUAUGAGAGCUUCAGCCUAUGGUUGACGAGAGUAACCGCCUGGCCUCGCCUACUCGCCAUUGCAUUAGAGGGGGAGGGGUGACUAUGAUAGUUAAGGUGCUUGUCUCAUGUUUGUUUUGCACACAACGUUUAAUAUAUGAAAGAUUUCACUACAGAUGUCUGCCAGACUAAUUACAGAGGUGCACUUGAAAAAAUUUAAAAAAAUAAAAACAUUUUGAGGGAUUUUCCAGUUUUCUACACAAUGGACUUAGCUCCUCCCUCUUAGCCAUCACAUGAUGGGGAUCCAAUCACAUCUGGCCUGUGUCCGGCCUAUGGGAUGCACCGUCCUGUUUACACGCAGUCUCCGUGCUCCAAUGUCUGUACAAAAAAUGGACCAAGUUAGCGGAAUAUUGAGGGGGCGGGGACACCCCUCCCAUCCCCCGCCGCCGCCGACUGUGAAACCAGCGCAUGAUAAUCUGUAUGUUUUUCUGAACUUUUUACCUAUUUAUUGUCGUUCCGUUCGGGUGAGUCCGCCAUUCUCCUUACAUCGUCUUGCGAAUAAACUUUCAAGAAACUUU